AUGGAAGCAACUAAACCACAACCUAUAUCAUACAAAUUCAUAAUUAUUGGUAUUAUUAUACUAAUUCUAUUGAUUUUAUAUGCAACAAGAAAUACAAUUGUAGAAGAGACUGAAGUUGAAGAACCAAGUGUUUCACUUUGUCACAUACGCUAUCAAUAUGAUGGAUCAUAUGGAUUUGAUGAUCGAACACUUUUAAUAUUAUUAGCUACAUUAAAAAUGCAUGACUUUAUUAUUGGACAACCUUUAUGGGGUUCAUCAGAUACUCUUCUUUAUCUUUGUGAACAUCGACUUAAAGUAGGUUUGAAACAAGCACUACUUGAUAGAGUAUUACACAAUGUACUCAAAAAUGGUCCAUCAUCAUCAGGACAUCUUACUUGGUCAUGUGCUUGA